UAGUUUGGUGAUGAAAUGUGCUUUCCUAGGGGCUGGCAGGGUCUGAUUGCGUACGGAUGCCAUUCCCUCGUGCUGGUGGUGGACGCCAAUACUGCCCAGACCUUGCAGGUUCUGGAAAGACACAAAGCAAAUGUUGUCAAGGUUAAAUGGGCUAAAGAAAAUUACCAUCACAAUAUUGGCUCUCCAUAUUCUCUACGUUUAGCUUCUGCUGAUGUUACUGGUAAAAUAAUUGUAUGGGAUGUGGCAACAGGAACAGCUCGCUGUGAAAUACAAGAACAUGCCAAACCAAUACAAGACAUGCAGUGGUUGUGGAAUCAAGAUGCUUCUAGAGAUUUACUGCUUGCAGUUCACCCACCUAAUUAUAUUGUGCUGUGGAAUGCAGACACGGGCACCAAACUUUGGAAGAAAAGUUAUGCAGAAAAUAUUCUGUCUUUUUCAUUUGACCCGUUUGAUCUGUCCCACUUAGCAUUACUUACCAGUGAAGGGAUAGUGUUCAUCUCUGACUUCUCUCCUUCCAAAGCUCCUGCCAGCUCAGGGAAGAAGGUUUACAUCUCCAGUCCUCAUUCCAGUCCUUCUCAUAGGCUGGCUGCUACUACAGGGGCCAAGAAGGCCCUUGAUAAAGUAAAAAUCUUAAUCAGUAAUGAAAAACCAAGUGCUGAAUCUGUGACACUCAAUGACUGCCUUCAGUUAUCCUACUUGCCUUCCAAAAGAAACUACAUGUUGUUGCUCUAUCCCAGAGAAAUUCUGAUUCUUGACUUGGAAGUGAAUCAGACAGUGGGUGUGAUUGCAAUUGAAAGAACAGGUGUGCCUUUCCUACAGGUAAUUCCUUGUUUUCAGCGUGAUGGCUUAUUUUGCCUACAUGAAAAUGGUUGUAUAACUUUGAGAGUUCGCAGAUCUAACUGCUCUGCAACUGGGAUUCCAAAUGAAGAGCCAGAUCCAGACCCAGUUCAGGAGCUGGUUUAUGAUUUAAGAAGUCAAUGUGAUGCAAUUAGGGUAACAAAAACAGUUCGGCCAUUCAGUAUGGUGUGCUGCCCAGUGAAUGAGAAUUCUGCAGCUCUCAUUGUUAGUGAUGGCAGGGUAAUGAUCUGGGAGUUAAAAUCCAGUAUUGCCAGCAAAAAUCUGCGUAACAGCAGUUCAAGUGCAUCACCUUUGUAUUCCCCGGUCUCAUUCUGUGGAAUUCCUGUAGGAGCAUUCCAAAAUAAACUUCCUGACCUCUCAUUAGACAACAUGAUAGGGCAAGGUACAGUUGCUGGAGAAGAGCAAUUGAAAAGUUCUUUUCUGCAAGAAGUUCAUCUCAAAUUCCUGCUGACUGGACUUCUUUCAGGCCUUCCUUUGCCUCCAUUUGCUAUCCGCAUGUGCCCACCUCUAACAACAAAAAACAUCAAGCAGUAUGAGCCACUCCUUGCUGUUGGUACAAGUAAUGGCUCUGUCCUGGUGUUUCAUCUUACAAGUGGACUAUUACGUAAAGAGUUGAGCAUCCAUUCCUGCGAAGUCAAGGGAAUAGAAUGGAUCAGCUUGUCUGGUUUUAUUUCCUUUGCCACAUCAACACCUAACAACUUAGGGCUGGUAAGAAACGAGCUGCAGCUGGUGGACCUGCCGACAGGCAGGAGCAUUCCAUUUCGUGGGGAGAGAGGCAAUGAUGAGCCAGCUAUUGAAAUGAUAAAGGUGUCUCAUUUGAAGCAGUAUCUAGCUGUAGUAUUUAAAGACAAGCCACUGGAAAUCUGGGAUGUCAGAACCUGCACUCUGCUCAGAGAAAUGUCUAAAAACUUUCCUGCAGUGACUGCUCUGCAUCAGCAACAAGUCUGCGAGGCAGUUAUAGUCAAUAAGGUGGAGGUGGGUGGUCGUAUUCUAACCUUAUUCUUCAAUGACUGUCAUGCAGUCAUCAAAGAGGUUGUAGCUAAACCAGUUAUCUCAGUUCUGAUCCUAAGCAGACCCCAGAGUACAAAGGGAAUUGCCUUCAAGCUAGUGAAAUCUUGUACCCAGUCGGCCAUCCGCAAUGCUUCAAAUAAAGAGGAGAAUUGUUCUCAUAUGAAUUUUGGUUAUAAAAAUUUAAUUAGCAGCUGA